CAUCACUUCACAUUUGAGGACAUCACAUCCAUAAAGAUCUGGACAGAGGAAUAAGGAGCCCUGAAGUGCUGUUGACUAUACCUGACAGGAAAAGGAAUAACUGAGAUAUCACCAUGGAAGGUACAAAUGAUACUUUGUAUGACUAUACACAAUAUUACGACGAGUCGGAUUUAUUCGCUCCGUGCAACUCCGUGGAUGUGAGGGAUUUUGGCAUGGUGUUUCUGCCCACUCUCUAUAGUUUGGUUUUCAUCCUCGGCUCCAUAGGUAAUGGCUUAGUGGUCUGUGUCCUGGUAAAGUACCGCCACCAGACCAACUUGACAGACAUCUGCCUCUUCAACCUGGCUCUGUCCGACCUGCUCUUCGUCAUCACGCUGCCUUUCUACGCUAACUACGUUGUGGUCAGCCAAUGGCUCUUCGGAGACUUCAUGUGCCGUGUCGCCGCUGCCUCCCACACCACCGGGUUCUUCAGCAGCACCUUCUUCAUGGUGCUCAUGACGCUGGACCGCUAUGUGGUCAUCAUGCACGCUCACACGGUGGCUCGGUACCGCACCCUGCGGGCAGGUAUCACUCUGACCGUGCUGGUCUGGAUGCUGAGCUUGAGUGUGUCUCUGCCGGCUAUUAUCUUCACAAAGGUGACAAAUGAGUCUCACGGACUGAGUUGUGACUAUGUCCCGGAAAACAAUGCAUGGAAGCUUUAUAACCUCAUCUCUACAAAUCUGCUGGGUCUUGUGAUUCCCUUGCUGGUGAUGGUGGUUAGCUACUCCAGGAUCAUCCCCACUCUGGUGAACAUGAGGAGCGCAAAGAAGCACCGAGUUGUCAAGCUGAUCAUCUCCAUAGUGGUUGUCUUUUUCCUAUUCUGGGCCCCAUAUAACAUCUCCCUCUUCUUGAGUUUUCUAAGAGAUGAAAAUAAAUUGCAAGGUGACCCAUGCACCUUGGACUCAAAUUUAAAGCUGUCAGUGACAGUGACUGAGGCCUUUGCUUACACUCACUGCUGCCUGAACCCCAUCAUAUACGCCUUUGUGGGUCAAAAGUUUAUGAAACGGGCCUUGCGGCUGCUGAAGAGCUGGGUGCCUGGAAUUCACUUUCCCUCCUCCAGAGAUCUGUCAGAUAGCUCAUACAGGAAAAGCUCUUUUAUGUCCAGGUCCUCUGAAGUCACCUCCACUAUCAUCAAGUAAGAGGUGGAGGGCAGCUGUAAUAUGUUUUAUGGACAUCACCCACAGAGUUUAACAUGUUUUUAUCCAGAUAGCUUUGUUAUUGCUGCCAUGGUACCCUUGUUUGUGUAGUAUGAUUUUAUCUCACUUGUCACUUCAUCAGCAGAUGCGGAUGUAGAGGGGUGGCAUGGGGUGGCACUUAACACAUGAAUUUAGAUUCAUUUUA